CGGGGUCCCGGCGGGCUUUGGGCCGCGCGCCGCGGCCUCUCGCGAGGCGGGAGGGGCACCCGGCGGCGGCGCGGGCGGGCGGCAGCCAUGUUUGUGGCGCGCAGUAUCGCGGCGGACCACAAGGACCUCAUCCAUGAUGUCUCUUUCGACUUCCACGGCCGGCGGAUGGCCACCUGCUCCAGCGACCAGAGCGUCAAGGUCUGGGAUAAAAGUGAAAGUGGGGAAUGGCAUUGCACUGCAAGUUGGAAGACACAUAGCGGAUCUGUGUGGCGGGUGACCUGGGCCCAUCCUGAGUUUGGGCAGGUGUUGGCUUCCUGUUCUUUUGACCGAACAGCUGCUGUUUGGGAGGAAAUAGUAGGAGAGUCAAAUGAUAAGCUGCGAGGACAGAGUCACUGGGUUAAGAGGACAACUCUGGUGGAUAGCAGAACGUCUGUUACCGACGUGAAGUUCGCCCCCAAGCACAUGGGUCUCAUGUUAGCCACUUGUUCAGCAGACGGGAUAGUGAGGAUCUAUGAGGCCCCGGAUGUGAUGAAUCUCAGCCAGUGGUCCCUGCAGCAUGAGAUCUCGUGCAAGCUGAGCUGCAGCUGCAUUUCCUGGAAUCCAUCAAGCUCUCGGGCUCAUUCUCCUAUGAUUGCCGUAGGAAGUGAUGACAGCAGUCCAAACACAAUGGCCAAAGUUCAGAUUUUUGAAUACAAUGAAAACACCAGGAAAUAUGCAAAAGCUGAAACUCUUAUGACAGUCACUGAUCCUGUACAUGAUAUUGCAUUUGCUCCAAACUUGGGGAGAUCUUUCCAUAUUCUGGCAAUUGCAACCAAAGAUGUGAGGAUUUUUACAUUAAAACCUGUGAGGAAAGAACUUACUUCCUCUGGUGGGCCAACAAAAUUUGAAAUCCGUAUAGUGGCUCAGUUUGAUAACCACAAUUCUCAAGUCUGGCGAGUGAGUUGGAAUAUAACAGGAACGGUGCUAGCAUCUUCAGGAGAUGAUGGCUGUGUACGAUUGUGGAAAGCUAACUAUAUGGACAAUUGGAAGUGCACUGGUAUUUUGAAAGGUAACGGGAGCCCAGUCAAUGGGAGUUCUCAGCAGGGAAACGUAAAUUCUUCCUUAGGUUCAAAUAUUCCAAAUCUUCAAAACUCGUUAAAUGGAUCGUCUGCUGGCAGAAAGCACAGCUGAGUACAAGCUAACUGGAGUGACUUUGCUGUUUUGCUGCUUGUUGCAUGCACACAGGAAUGGGAAGAGAGCUCCUUUUCCCUUACCCAGCGCCGACUGACCUCUCCCACGAUACACCAGCAGCCUGCUCACUGCUGAACAGUCCAAAAGGCCUUUAAGAUGCAGCGGAUAUCAUUUCUUUUGUACUAGUCAGUUUAUUGACACGAUUGGAAAUUUUUCAGAUAUGAAUGGAGAGGUUUUUUUUGUUGUUGUUGUUGUUGUGAAUUGCCACCAAAACAAUUUUUUGAAAUGUUCUUGAAACUAACUUGGUCCUAAAAAUGGAAAGAAUCAUUAUCCUUCUAAGUGGUUGGGAGGAGGGAAAAUUCCAUUUUACUCCCUUUGGAGAAUAUAGGCACGUUUCCUUUAUUUUCUAAAACAGCUAAAAUGGUGAAUUUUUGUAAUUUUAAUUUCAAGAUUGAAUAAAUAUCUUUCAUAAAGAUUGUUUUGAGUGCUAAUUUAUUUACCUUGUUUAGAAUUGCUUUAUACAUAUUCAGUACAACUUUGUCAUUUCUUUGAAUUAUUUAAAAAAUACUAGUAGAAGAGUAAUAGUAAAAUGAAAAUAGCUUGACUGUACAGUUUGUAGCCAAGGGAAGCAUCAAGUAUUAUGUGACUUAGAAUUUUUGUAGUAAAAGGGAAACAUCUUUGUAAGUUUCCAUUCAUGUUUGGUGAAGAAAGAAAAGUUUAUAGUAUGUGUUUGUAUAUUUUUAUGGUUUCAUUCUGUGGCUUAAUGUUUACUACAGAUGGAAAUCUGGAAACAUAAGAGAAGCAAUUACAAUUUUGCUGAAACUGUACAUGCAAGUUAGCAUUCCUUGUCUCAGGAUUUUCCUUAAUUUAGUUUGCUGUUUCAAUUAGUUCAUGUCCUCUAAAGCUCUGAUGUUGAUAACAAAGCUGAAAAUUCUGUGUUUGCUAAAAUGCAUAACUAUUACGGGUAAGUCCUAAAAUGGUAAAAGAAUAAUAAGGUGUAAUAAUUCUUCGAACAUUUUACUUGUCAGAAACUCUGCAGCAAUUCUAACGCUUUGUCUGAGGAAUAAAUGCAUUUGAUCAUUGUAUUUCUUGAGGAGCAUGUCAGAGGUCUAGCCAUGCUAUGUGGAAGUGUGUCUCACUGUGUGUUAUGUGUGGCUGCUGUUACUACGGAUGGAAUAUGGCUCAAAAUAAAAAGAUCAUUAGAUCUGUAAAUUUAUAAAAUAGUACCCAGUGUUUCUAAGAGAGUUGAAAAUGUAUCAGAUUAAUGUCUUUCUUUUUAACAUUCAUAGUGAUGAUUUUUCUUUGACAUUUUAAGUUUGACAGAAAGUAUGCCUUCCUUUCAGCUUUUCUGCAUUUGCCUGAGCAGUCUUGAUUUGAGGCAGGGUCUUGGUUUGUGCUGCGUUUUGUUAGUUUGGCAUGAAUACACUAAAGCUUUUUUUUUCCCCCCAGCAUGUGGUUUCUCCUCUUUGGUUCUCUUUGUAUUUACUGCGUUUCUCUCUUUUUUUUUUUUUUUUUCUGUUUUGUUUUGGUGUUCUGUUCUUGUUUUCAUUGUUUCAGGAAUUUCUUUGCCCCUGUGGAUUCCCCACGGGCUGGAUCGAGAUGGUCCAGUUACGCCCAGCUCCUUCCUCCUCCUCCUCUGGUAGAACACGCUUGUGAUGCUGACACUGCCAACCUCCAGUAUCCUCACCCUCGCAGACGAUAUCUUUCUCAGCCUCUUAAUCCGUUACCUGAGAAUGAAGGGGUUUAAAACACUGGUUUAACAUUUAAAGGCCUUAAUCACAUGCUUGUAAAUGCUUUUACUCCUGACCAAUUUUUUUCUUUUCAUCUUCUUUUAGAAGGUUUCUCUGUCUUGCAUGUAUUACAAGCUGACACACAGCAUUUGGAACCUGCACCUGUUUGUGGGUCUGCAUCAAAGGCAGCUGUUCACUGGUGGCUCAGCUUGGAUGAUCCCACAUGUGUACAAGGGACUGUGAAAGUUACACAUAGUAGCUCACUUCAAAGUGCCUGUUUUGUACAUUUUGAACUGUUACUGUAGUAGUCUUAAGGUUUUUUUAUGCUUACCAUACUGAUUAAUGUGAUAGCCUAUCAUUGUACCGUCUUCUUUGCCUUUGAGACAGAAUAAGAAAUGUCUUUUACAGGCUCAUGUUGUAACUGACUAGUAUGUAAAAUAAAGUAUUCCUGUGUAUGAAGCAGCAAAA